AGCCUGUUACAAUGCCAGAAUGGAGCCUAAACUCCCCUCAUGGCUGAAGAGCGCGUUGGAGGGCCCGCAUGGUCCCGUAUUGAAGGCAUUGAAACGCGCGUUGGAGGGCCAUGGCUGAAGAGCGGCCGGUACUCGACGCCAUGCGUUUCAAUACGUUUCACGUAUGUGAUCUGGGGAACCUAGUGGUGAAUUUUACGUGAUAAACUGUCUGUGCAAAUGGGUAGGUUUGCUGCAAUCUUCUCAUGACUGCCCAUGCACAUUUCUUGUAUAAAACUGAACUAACAGAUGAGAUUCCGCGCGCUUUCUAGCUCGUUCUUCCAUGGCGAUCGAACUAGAGUCUCCCCGACGGUGAGGAGAAAGAGCGAGCAAACCGAUCCAAUCCAAUGGGCACGUCGAUACUGGAUCGGCAGGAGCACUGCACACUGAGCCGCGGCGCGGCCCUCGCCACCGUCUGCGUCGUCGUCGUGGUUUGCACGUACGCGACGUCUUCUCCGGCCGGCGACGUCGGGAAGGAACAGAAAUACAACAUAUGGCGCCGGCGAUCACCGCCGGCAAGUCUAAUUUCUAGUGGCUUCGCUCCCGACGACGAACUGGAGGUGGCGCUGCGCGGCGCGGCGUACGCGAACAGGACGCUGAUCCUGACCGUGCUGAACGAGGCGUACGCGGAGGAGGACGGCCUGCUCGACCUCUUCCUCCGGAGCAUGAGGGAAGGGGACGGCACCGCGCAGCUCAUCGACCACGUCCUCUUCGUGGCCAUGGACCGGCAGGCCUUCCGGCGGUGCAGGAGCCUCGCCGGCCUCAGGUGCUACCUGCUCCGGCAGAGCGACGGCGACGACGACCUCUCGUCGGAGCAGCUCUACAUGUCCGACGGGUUCAUACGCAUGAUGUGGCGGCGGAUCCGCUUCCUCGGCGACGUCCUCAAGCACGGCUACAGCUUCAUAUUCACUGACAUGGACGUGAUGUGGCUGAGGAACCCGUUCCCGAAGCUGGACCGCGGCGACGGCGAGGACCUCCUGAUCAGUGCCGACAAGUUCAACGGCGAGGCGCGCGACUACGUCGGCAACGAGCUGAACACGGGCUUCUUCUUCGUGGCCUCCAACGGCCGGACGGUGGCGCUGUUCGACGAGUGGCACGCGGCGCGGCGGGCCUCGCCGGGGAUGAAGGAGCAGGACGUGCUGAACCGGAUGAAGCGGCGCGGCGCGUUCCGGCGGCUCGGCGUGCGCGCGCGCGUCCUGAACACGGCGCGCUUCAGCGGCUUCUGCCAGGACAGCCGCGACGCGGCGCAAGUGGCCACCGUGCACGCCAACUGCUGCCGCACCAAGAGGGCCAAGGUCGUCGACCUCAGGGCCGUCCUCCGCGCCGCCGGGCUGCUGAACAGGACGGCGGCGGGCCUGAUGAGGUGGCCGGCGCACUCGGAGUGCGUGAGAUCGUGGACAUGAGAGGCCAGACCAGGAACGCCUAGUGCUGAGGUCUGGUGGUGGUGGUGUUCUUGCCUUUAGUCACCAGCUAACAGUGCAGCAUUGUAGCCCCCGUCACUACUUUAACAUAUUGUUUUUUGUUAACCAAAAAUAGGCUAUCUAUAAUGGUGAAAAAGAGAGAGCAGCUCUGAAUUUCUG